CGAAUAGGCAUUGCCGUGACCCCACUCGUCCAAGCACGUUAUCGAACAAAACGUCCUUUUGGCUUUCCAACAGAGUCUCACCCGUCUUCUUCUUUAUCGGAAUCAUGGUUGUCCUUUCUGCCUCCGUCUGCACGAGACAGGGCAAAGCGCUUGUUUCGCGUCAGUUCGUGGAAAUGAACCGCUUGCGAGUGGAAGGCUUACUAGCCGCCUUUCCCAAGCUCGUAGGUCACACUUCGCAGAAUCAUACCUACGUCGAAACAGACUCCGUGCGUUAUGUGUAUCAGCCACUCGAGAAUCAAAUGUAUCUGUUAAUGAUCACCACAAAGACUUCCAACAUUGUGCAGGAUCUAGGGACCUUGCGUUUGCUCGCCAAGGUCGUUCCCGACAUUUGCGGAGGACUCCAGGAACACGCGAUCCACGAGAACGCUUUUGAUUUGAUCUUUGCCUUUGACGAAGUCCUGACGUCGGGAGGAUACAAGGAAGACGCCUCGCUGUCCUCCAUUCGAACCAAUCUACUCAUGGACAGUCACGAAGAAAAGAUACAUCUCGCGCUCAAGCAAUCCAAAGAAGACCAAGCCAAGGCAGAGAUGCAGCGCCAAGCCAAGACUAUCAAAGAGCGUCAAAUGGCGCAGUUGCGCAACAACAUGAUGCAAGGUGGUACUGGGCAAUCUCAACCGGGUUAUUCUCCCUAUCAUACUCCCGCCCCAGCCAUUCCGGAACCACCCAAGGUUCUGGCAAAAUCGGGUAUGAAGCUGGGAGGUGGUGCAGCGGGAGGCGGUCUCGGACUUGGCGGCAAUGGAAUGAAGAAAGAUGUCAUGGCCGCCAUGGCUGCGGAAGACAACCUGUUUGGCGGUACGGGUGCUGCCGGCGGUAAUGCGUUUGGUUUAAGUUCGGCACCACCAAAACAGACAGCAACCCCCUCCACUCCUCUUACACUUGUCAUGGAGGAAAAGGUUACCGUGCAAAUGAAUCGCGAAGGCGCCGUAGAAUCCGCUGAAGUCAAAGGAACGCUUACGUUGACCGCCAAUACUGAUGCUGGCGCCCUAGCUCUAGUCAACGUAAACAAAGCACAACUACCAGCCCAGUUUUCCUAUGCCACGCAUCCAAAGGUGGACAAAAAAGCUUACGAAACGUCAGGAACGUUGACACUCAAGGGAGGCAAAGGAUUUCCACUCAGCCGUGGAGUUGGCAUUCUACGUUGGUCCUAUGCUGGCGAUGAUGUGGCACCUUUGUCCAUUAACUGCUGGCCGGAAGAUGAAGGUGGCUCGAUCAAUGUCAACAUUGAAAUGGAAUUAACUCGAAAGGACCUUGUGUUGCAGGAUGUAAACAUACUGCUGCCGCUGGGGACAACGGAUGCACCGGUCGUCGAGUCGAUUGACGGUGUCUUUAAGCAUGACUCUCGCGCGGGCAUGAUGUGCUGGCAUUUUGAUCAAGUAGACGCCAACACCAACGCGACAGCGUCUAUGGAAUUUAGCAUCCCUGGCUCUGAUCCCGAUGCUUUCUUUCCCGUCCAAGUUGGCUUUCGUUCCGAAACGUUGCUGUGCCCUAUGGAAAUUACUUCCGUGACAAACUCUCAGUCCGGCGCCGCCAUUCCGCACAGUAUGACGAAGUCGUUUGCGCCAGAAGCUUAUACAUGUGCUUAAAAGUAUACUUACAGUUAGUCAUCAUUGAG